AUCCUUUUUCCAUCUGGGACCCAUCUGUGUUUCCUUGGCUUUGGCCGAGCCGCUCGGGCUGCGCUGGAGCUCACAUAUGUGGGAACGCAAACACAUGCCUGACAUAUGAAGGCGUGGAGAGAGGGGAGCGAGAGCGAGAGAGAGAGAGAGAGCGAGAGAAAGCAGGAAGGAGACAAACGUGCUGCAGUCAAAAAGAGAGAGGCGAGCGACUGAGCCACAACAGGGAGGAGACAGCGGAGCGAAGACGACCCCUGCCAUGCCCGGUUCUCCUGUGGAUGUGAAAGCUCACGCCAGGUCCGUUCCCUCCGCCAUGCCGCCCCUGCCGUCCGUCAACCCCAGCGGCCCGCGCCCGGCCUCCUUCUCCUCCACCUCGCUGACCAACGGGAUCAAUCAUUCCCCUCCUACCCUGAACGCGGUCCCCUCGCCCCCGCAGCGCUACAGCAACGGGCCUUCCUCCUCCUCCUCCUCCUCGCUGGCCAACCAGCAGCUCCCGGCGACCUGCGGGGCGCGCCAGCUCAGCAAGCUGAAGCGCUUCCUGACCACGCUGCAGCAGUUCGGCAACGACAUCUCCCCCGAGAUCGGCGAGAGCGUGCGCAGCCUGGUCCUGGCCCUGGUGAACUCUACAGUCACCAUUGAGGAGUUCCAUGCCCGGCUUCAGGAGGCCACCAACUUCCCCCUGAGACCCUUCGUCAUCCCUUUCCUAAAGGCCAACCUGCCCCUCCUGCAGAGGGAGCUCCUGCACUGCGCCCGUGCCGCCAAGCAGACGCCGGCCCAGUACCUCUCCCAGCACGAGCACCUGCUGCUCAGCACCACGCUGGCGUCCCCGCCCGACUCCUCCGAGCUCCUCCUGGAGCCCAGCGACAGCGCCGGCGCCAAGAGGCACAGCCCCAACAGGGGCAAAGAGAACGGCUUUCAUGAGCGCCUUCCUGGGCCUCUGGAGCCCCCCGCCAAGCGCAUAUGCACCAUCAGCCCCGCCCCCCGCCACAGCCCGGCCCACCCCCUCCCCCUGAGCAGCCAGCUGCACCCCACGCCCCCGCCCCUGCAGCACUACGCCCUGGAAGACAUCGCCGUGCCCCACCUGUACCGCGACCCCCAGCGAAUCCUGGAGCUCCGGGACCUCAAAGACAGACCCCGUCUCCCAGGCACCAACGGGGGCUACGGCGAGGACCCGGUGGACCACCGACUGACGGAGAGGGAGUGGGCUGACGAAUGGCGUCAUCUGGACCACGUGCUGAACUGCAUCGUGGACAUGGUGGAGAAGACCCGGCGCUCCAUCAACGUGCUCCGCCGCUGCCAGGAGUCCGACAGGGAGGAGCUCAACUACUGGAGGAGGCGCUCCAGCGAGGAGGAGACCAGGAAGAGCGGCCCGCCCUUCUCCAAGAGCCACAGCCCCCGCACGGCGGAGAACGGGAAUCCCGACGCCCAGAGAGACCUCGCCCCGCGGCCCGGCUCCGGCUACGUUCCGGAUGAGAUCUGGAGAAAAGCCGAGGAGGCGGUGAACGAGGUGAAGCGGCAGGCCAUGGACGAGGUCCAGAAGGCGGUGGCCGAGGCGGAGCAGAAGGCCUUCGAGAUGAUCGCGGCCGAGAGGGCCAAGAUGGAGAAGACCCUCGCCGAGGCCAAGAGGAAGGCCACCGAGGAUGCCAUCCAGGUCAUCAACGAGCAGGAGGACUCCAGCGAGUGCUGCUGGAACUGCGGGCGCAAGGCCAGCGAGACGUGCAGCGGCUGCAACGCCGCGCGCUACUGCGGCUCCUUCUGCCAACACAAGGACUGGGAGCGCCACCACCUCAUCUGCAGCCCGGGGCUCCAGGCCCAGCCCAAGCCCCUCUCCGCCAUUGCCGCCCGCGGCCUGGGCAAGACCCUGGAGGGUACCCCGGCGACCGCCCCCGGCGUCGACAAGGCGGCCCGCGCCUCCAGGUCGCCCACGCCCGCCCCCGCCCCAUCCACAGAGGCCAACGGGCACUGAGGUUUCCUGCGGGAGCCGCGAGGGGCGCGACUGGCUGGAGCGAGCGGAGCGGAGGACGUUUGAGCGGUGUGGCCACGUCCGUUGGCGGUGGACGUGCACGGUGCUUGGGGUGGGGGCUUUAGGUAGGAGGGACUUGGAGGUGGUUCAUUUCAUGUAAACGAGCAAAGCGGCCCGUUCCUUUUCGAGACCGAGAGACUCAAAGACUUACCGUACCCACCGGUGGACAAACAGGACUUUUCCCUAAAGGGGCCACCAUUUUGUCUCCCCUCCCGGUACCACAGAAAACCAGCUGAGACUGCUGGUAGAGCAAAUGGCAGGCCAAUAAUCAAAUCAAGGUUUGUUCGAUUAGCAUUUCUGAAACUUCUGUAUGAACGUUUAUCCCUGGUGCUGACAGUUACAGUUCAAGACGGAUUUGGCUCAGAAUGUAGGUCCCAGUACUAAUUGCAUAUACCCUCCAGUUUUUAAUCAUCAUCUUGUGUAUAUAGUGCUGAGAGAAGAGUAAAUUUGAUGCUGGCCUUGUAUUCGUAACCAUUCUUUGACCACGCAUCAAGCAACUGAAUUCUGUAGUCGUUUCUUAAGAUAAUGUGUGUUUGGCUGUUGUUCAUAUUAUACGCUCACAAUUUUCUUCGGUUACACCCCUUUCCUUGGUUCAGUGUUCAGGUUCUGUCCGUAGGGAAGGCCUAAAGUUUGUGCUGUUUCACUGGGUGCAGACAUUUUAACGCUUCUCUGUUUGGGAGAGCGAUACUGAAAGCGUUCAGGAAUGCUGAGACGUUGUGUAUAACACCAAAGCUUUCUGUCGGUAAGUGUCUAUUUCUACACAUUGCCAUACAGCAAAGAACUGUCUAUCAGUUUCACAUGAUGUCCUCCUGUGUUUUCUACCCUGUGAGAUCUUACAUUGAGUACUUGCCACCUGACCUAUUUGCUUGGACUUGUUUGACAUCUGGGUUAGCCGUACUAGUGGGACACCGGAUGUGGAAAGUCACAUGGAUGAAACCCAGGAAUGUACGAUAUGUUUCCCACACGCACACAAUAUUUAAUUAACGCAAAGCACAAAGGACAGCAUACACAAAGCUACAGGACUGAAGCUACAGUUUCAACGUACAGCAUCUUCACUUUCUCUUUUUGUACAUCACACAAUGCUUAAAAUCUCAGGAGUAUAUUGUACAUUGGUUUAUUUGUUUAUGUCAUCAUUAAAUACAAAUUGAAAAAUG